GAGAGAGAGAGAGAGAGAGAGAGAGAGAGAGAGAGAGAGAGAGAGAGAGAGAAAGAGUGUGUGAGAGAGAGAGAGAGAGAGAGAGAGAGAGAGAGAGAGAGAGAGAGAGAGAGAGAUGAAGGUCGAGCCAUUACAAAAAUAGCAACUCAAACGUGAGUCUGAGCCUCUUUGGGAAGCAAUGUCACUCCAGAGGGAAGGUAAUCCAUGUGCGGAAAGAGACAAUGGGAUACACGAACAGCUACCCAUCGGAUACAGUCGUGUCGGAGGGAGAUAGUAGAGUGUUUGGGUUUGGUGUGUGUGUCUGUGUGUGUCUGUGUGCGUGUGCGUGUGCGUUUGCAUGUGUGUGUGUGUGUGUUUGUUUGUGUGUGCGUGCAUGCGUGAGUGGGUGCGUGCGUGUGUGUGCGUGUAUGUCUGUGUGUUUGUGUGUAUGUGUGUGUGUUUGUGUGUGUGUGUGUGUGUGUGUGUGUGUGUGUGUGUGUGUGUGUGUGUGUGUGUGUGUGUGUGUGUGUGUGUGUGUGUGUGUGUGUGUGUUUUUGUGUGUGUGUGUGUGUGUGUGUGUGUGUGUGUGUGUGUGUGUGUGUGUGUGUGUGUGUGUGUGUGUGUGUGUGUGUGUGUGUGUGUGUGUGUGUAUUUGAGGGCCUGGAGCCAAACCGGCUGGAUACAUCUUUAGCCAUUUGCCCCGACCGACCUCAGAGUGUCAUAGGCAGCGAUAGGGACGAGGCCUCCAUGUUAUUCGGUGCACAAUCUCGGCCUGGCGUUGGGACACAAUGGUGACACGGAGAAAGAACGUUCUACAACAGAGAACGUCCCACACAAGCCUUGUGAUACAAGCCUGAUCCUCAGUGCGUAAGGAUGAAUGCUAGAGAGGAAUCGUUCACUCUUUACGACUUCUUUACUUCACUUGGACAUCUGGGAUAUUAUUGCCGCUUCCACCCUGUCCCGGCAGUUUUGAUGACACCACAGAAACACAAUGUUCAAGAGAAAAUGAAAAACAAAAUGGAAGCCAUACACAACCUUCAGAGUCCAUGGAUGAGUGACUGCUAAUUGGUGUUGAGCUGCAGCUGAGGAUGGCAGGAGACUCCCGAGUCCUUAUGGACCGCGAUAUGGAGAUUGGAGUAACACCGGGACAGGUGAAGAAGCUCCCCAAGCACCUUAGGGAGGCGCAGAUCUCCACCGAGCGCACCCACCUCAUCUCAGACCCCGUCAAGAAGCCCCGCCAGCGCUACGUGCAGAAGGACGGCAAGUGCAACGUCCACCACGGCAACGUGCAAGAGACCUACCGUUACCUCAGCGACCUGUUCACCACGCUGGUGGACCUCCGCUGGCGUUUCAGCCUGCUCAUCUUCACCCUGGUGUACGUGGUCAACUGGCUGUUCUUCGGCCUGCUGUGGUGGCUGAUCGCGCUCAUCCGCGGCGACCUUUGGCACGCCGACGAAGAGGGCUGGACCCCCUGCGUGGAGAACCUCAACAGCUUCGUCUCGGCCUUCCUGUUCUCCAUCGAGACUGAGACCACCAUCGGCUACGGCUACCGCGUCAUCACCGAGAAGUGCCCCGAGGGCAUCAUUCUGCUGCUGAUCCAGGCCAUCCUGGGCUCCAUCGUCAACGCCAUGAUGGUGGGCUGCAUGUUCGUCAAGAUCUCCCAGCCCAAGAACCGUGCCGAGACGCUCAUGUUCUCGCACAAGGCUGUGAUCUCGGUGCGGGACAACAAGAUGUGCCUGAUGUUCCGCGUGGGGGACCUGAGGAACUCUCACAUCGUGGAGGCGUCCAUCCGCGCCAAGCUCAUCCGCUCGCAGCAGACCAAGGAAGGGGAGUUCAUCCCGCUCAACCAGACGGACAUCAACAUCGGCUUCGACACGGGCGACGACCGACUGUUCCUGGUGUCCCCGCUCAUCAUCUCCCACGAGAUCAACGAGAAGAGCCCCUUCUGGGAGAUGACCCAGGCGCAGAUCGAGAAGGAGGAGUUUGAGAUCGUGGUGAUCCUGGAAGGCAUGGUGGAAGCCACAGGCAUGACGUGCCAGGCCCGGAGCUCCUACCUGGACACAGAGGUGCUGUGGGGCUACCGCUUCACGCCCGUGCUCUCCCUGGAGAACGGCUUCUACGAGGUGGACUACAACAGCUUCCACGACAUCUACGAGACCAACACGCCGUCCUGCAGCGCCAAGGAGCUGGCCGCCAAGCUGCGGGAGGCGCCGCUGCUGCCCCAGCUCUCCGCACUCCCCCCCACCGCCACCCCGGACACCAAGGCCUUCCCCCUGGACCGCCCGCCCGCCAGGGACCCCCUGUCCCAGGUUGAGGACAAGGAGGACGGCGAGGCGGGGGCCGGCGGCGACCGGGGCGAGACUAAUGGCUCGGCCGCCGCUCUGGAAGGACAGCCCCUGGCCGACGGACUGACUGACUGAAGGGGUUGACGGGUCCAUGGGCCACAGUCAAAACACGCAGAAAUGCACAGACACACACAUGCAUACACACACAUGCGUACACACAGACAGAUUCCCACGGAGAGACUGGAACAGCGGACAAUCGUUGCUUCGUUGAGUCAAUGGCCGGCUUGUUCCAUCGCAUCGCUUGGAGAGACUUGGUCCUCAAGCAGAGAACUCUCGCCCCCCCCCCCCACCUCCCCAUGCAAUACUCUUCAACUAGGGUGUCAAUCUAUAGUAUAGAUUGGUUUUGUAGAUCACAACAAACUACACGUAUAGAGCGACAUGCUUAUAUCUAUAAUUUACUCUUUCUUGGUCCUUGGUUGGUUGGACCAUAUUUUUAUAAUCGUAUAAACAACCACUUAUAUAAACUCGAGUUGUAUAUUGUGAACUUGGGCUCGGCUAGUAGACAUGAGGGAGCACAAUAGGCUUGUCAAGUGUGUUGAUUCAGCUUCAUCGCCUCAAACUCAUAAAGAGACUAUUGACACUUUGCUGCUCCUUGUUUCUACUGGACCCCGAUAUUAAGAAUAGUUGGAGACAUGAGGACAAUAACGAGUUCCUCUCCUCUUCGUAAUGAUCAACGCUUUAGACAAGGGCAACCCUCAACCCCUCACUCCCACAGGUCAUUUGUAAGGUGCAGGUAGACUGAAGAAUGAAGAUGGGGGGGGGGGGGGGGAACUAUGUUGUAGGCAGCCAUGUUGAUGGUUAGCACUUAGCGCCAUCUAGCUAGCUUUGCUAUGUUGGAAUCAUUCGCACAGGGUACACCGUCAGACAGGCAGAUAACAUCUUAUUGUUGCCCAUUUAAUUAUGUCCCAGGCUCACUUGGGACUUUCAACCAUACACACGACUGAUCUCUGUAACCCUGAUGUAACAAGCUGCUGUAGUACCUCAUUUGGAGCUCAUGAUCAGGGUUUGAAAUGAAUACCAUAGUCUCUACUCACUGAAGACAUCAAAGCUUUGACCUGCGGUUGGAUUCCAAGGCUUUUCCACCAAAUGAGCAGUUUCUCCAGGUAGCCAGUCAGUAUUUGCCUGUUCUAUUGCUCUGUUAUUCUAUUAUGAAAACUGUAUUUUUGCUUAGGAAAAAAAAAAGUGAUAUUAAAUUUCCUUCUCUUCAUGGCCGGUUGACUGAAAGGUUAGUUUCACACCCUUUUUACGAUACAUGCAGCACAAUUUUUCCAAAAGAUGACCUGUGAUGCAUGCCAGGCGAAUAAACAAUGCUUAAUUCACAUGUAGUCUUUAAAUAUUUAUAUUAAAUAUUUAAAUUCAACUACAAUUUGAAAUAUGCCUGGAUUUGUUCACAUGGAUUAUUAGAAAUCUUUAAUUUCAAGAAUACCACUCAAGCCUUUUUUUUUGGGCUAACAAGGAUAAUGGUGAAUGGAUGAUGAUGAUGAUAAUGAUGAUGAUGAUGAAUUUGAUGAUGAUGAUGAUGAUAACGAGAGGGUGAUCUCAGGAGCCUUAAACUUUAGACAUUUCUUUGAAAGAAGUCAUGUGACCAUAUGCUGUCUUUGAGCAUUCAAACGGCUGCCCCUCCUGCACUAGCUUGGUGACAACUGAAACUUGAAUUUGCAUAUUAUAUGAUUAUGUCCAAUCACAAAUGAGACCUUGCCACUUCCACGCUGCUUCGUGGCCAAUAGCCAUGAGACGUAGCCCGUCAAAGAAUGCUUGUUCAGCACUUAAUGCAGACGAACCAGCUGUUGAAGACCAUAGCAAGCCAUGUUCCUUCUUUUUAUCUCAUUAUGGUAUUAUUUAUUUUGACCGUAUUGGUGUGCAUAUGUACAAGCAAAGGACUUUUAUUUUGAAAAUAUCUACAUUCAUAAUGGCUGGCUAUACGUGACAGGGUUUUUGACAUAUGCCUUUGUGCAAUAUUAGCCGCCUCCCACUGAUUCGUUUUCAACACAUUUCUAUGGUAUUUGAUGCAUGGGUUAAAGUGACUGCAAUAAACUGAGAAGGUAAAAAAAACACAAAUGUGUUGGCUUCAGCAGUGGAACAGAACUCAUGAAUCCAGCUUGUUCUGUCAAAGAUCCUAUUGUUUUCAAUCAACUUCAGCAUUGAGGCCUUGUCUGCGACGCAUGGUUCAGCAGCUCUUUCUGACACUUUGGGGAAAUGAUUCCACGUCAAUUCCUUUGUUCUUCCACCAGUGCGUGAAAGAAGGCCUAGUGUCACAACACUGUGAGGCUGUGGCUGAGCUGGAAUGUGUGACACUGUUUGAAGAGACGGAUAGGGAAAUGUCAGCCCUUUCUUUUUCAUCAACUUUUUCAUCCGUAUGAAUUCUCAUAAAUUCUCAAUUUGACUAUUCUUGACAUUAAGGUCUUUCGCUUUUAUAUCUUUAUCUAUCUUUAUGAAGCUAAAUAAUCGCAUGCCCCUAACGGCUCACCUAUUGAGUCGCUGUGGUCUUAAAACUGCAGCUAAUGAAUCCUUGCAGACCGCAACCACCCAGCUGGGGACUUUGUUGGGUUUGCAACCUGUUCAAUGGUUAAUUAAAAAAAGGCUCACAGUGUGAGCCACACGCCAGCCUGGUCUUCCCAUGGCCUCGGGCUAAAGGGAUUUUAACCUUCUCGUUGGGUGCGACCAGGAAUAAACCAAGCCGGGGAGAAAAAAAAAAAAAAAAAACACAACAGCAACCCAGUAGACGGGACCUGUGAACCGAUG